AUGAGUGAAAGCCGGACAUCCUUUGGCGGCAAUUAUUGUCUAAAAAUUCCUAAGCAUCCAAAAACUAGUUUGAACAUCCCAAGACCACCACUGGUAAGCGAGCAAGGUGAAAACAUUGAGCCAAAUGUCUUCAGCCCGAUUUCUUCAUAUCACAAAGCCAUUGAUUCCAAUCUUUGCUCAGAAGACUACCAUGGAAAUAUCAAGAGAACACUGUUCAACUUCUCUAGUCUCAAGAAAGAUAAUUCUUUAGUUCCAAGAGGUUCAUCAGAGAUGAACCCGGAUGUCCUCUCUAUUGAGGCUGACUUAGAGAACAUGUGCAAGCUCCAAAGAGAAUCACCUGCUCUUAAUAUUUAUGAACUGAACCCUACUGCUAAGUUUAGUGACCGGAUCAAGUUCAAGAACGAUAAGCUGAUGUGUAUACAGGAUAACUUCAGUGGCACUUGGUCAGAAUUUGACACCUUUCAGAUGCUAGAACAGCAGUAUGAAACAAACCUUAGAUCAGCUGACAAGUCUUACAUAUCAAAUUGUGAGUGUAGGGAAUCCUUGUGAAAUGUUUCAUCCAUCGAGAUGAUCGACCAAUAUUAUUACCUUAAAGUUCUGAAUAAGGUAUUCAACGGAUGGUGUAAUUAUGUCUCUGAUCAGCAAUACCAGAGUCAGGUAUCGCUUGAAGCAUACCACCAAUCAGUAGCUGACUGGGAGGAUGACUCUCAUACAAGACUUGCUGAGGAGUAUCGGGAUCAGACCCUAGCCACUAAAGCGUUUAUUUCUUUGGCUAAGCACAGGAAGAAAUCUAAGGCUGAGAAGCAACAAAAAUUGAAAGAAGAAACACAUAAAAAGCUGCUGGAAAAGCGAUUAAAGGAGAAUACUCGCAAGGUAGAAAAGUACCUCAGAAUUCACAAGGAGCUUACUAAACACCAAGUUUUCAAAGCCUUAAAAGUCUACAGUGCAAGGCAAAAGAUUGAGUCUAAAUUCUUACUCUCAAAAUACCAGAAAUAUAAGGAAAAAUAAAGAUUUUGACACAAGGAAUAAACUUUUCCAUGCUCUAAAGAAGUUCAUUCAGAAUCAAAAGGCCAAGAAAAAGGAACAGAAAUGAAAAUUUAUCAAAGCAGAGCAGACUUCUGAGAAAAAGCCUAAGCCAAAGAAGAUCAUUCUGAAGAAGAAUAUUGACACUUCUCGUACAAUUAAUGCUAACCAGAUUAGCUUCCAGAAGUUAGUCGAGCUCAGUGUCCAAAUAAACGAAGACUGUACACAAGCAAUUACGCAUCAUCGAUCUUGGAUAUUUAGAAAGUGCUUCUUGAGUAUUAAAUUCGCUGCUGAAGAGAGUAUCCAGACCCAGCAGAAGCUUGAAUCAAUAGUUAUGAAGAAAUAUGAGAGAAUCAAGAAGAAAUUCCUUCUCAAAAAGUGGAUCGAAUAUGUUGCCAACGUUAAAAGAAUGCGUCAAAAGGAGAAAAUUGCUGUAAAGCAUUAUUUUAAGGCAGCCUUCUUCAAAUUUAGGUCAAAAAUCAACCAAAAGAGGAUCUCAAAUAAAGCAUUCUACGGUAAACUUAAUAAAAUCUGUAAAUCAAGAGCAAGAAGGAUCCUAAAAGUGGUGUACUCAAGCUGGGCUUAUUAUACUAAGAAGAAUGAGAGAAGGCGGAAAGCUAGCCAAAUAGCAGCCCUGUUUUAUCUCAAAACUCUAUACACCAAGGCCUUCACUAAAGGUCUCAAGUGGAAUUAUGAGCUUAACAGGAAAUGAUACAAUUUCCAGUACAACAGUACCCUUAAAGUGGCAGCUGAGUGCUUGACUAAAUGGAAAAACGAGUACUAUUCAAUGACAGUUAUACACGAAGUUGAUUACAUACACGCUAAGAAGACAAAACAAAGGGUAUUCAACACCCUUAAGGAGAUCUGCCUCGGAAGAAAGAACCAUAGAGAAAUUCAUAACAAAAUUGUACUUGCCAAGUUCAGAACUCUAAAACAGAAAGCUAUUUUGGCUUUAGCAAUGAAUGUCAAACACCAGAGGAAGAAUCAGAAGAGAAUAGAUGCUUCUAGGUCAUAUCAUAGAAGAUUCAGACUAGAACAGAUCUAUCAAGUCCUCAAAUCAAACUAUCAACAACAGAAAAAUUACCAGAAUUGGAGAAAGCCAUUAAAAUCCACCUAAAAUUUCAAAUCUAUACCUAAAAAA